AUGAAGUAUUCUACCAUCGAUCGUAGUGUGUACGGGAUCAAGAUCAGAUCCACACCGCAGGCGUCCAUCGGCGGGGAGGCAAGUGAGAAGAAAACCGGGGACAAAGCCUCUGACGAUGACAGCCACAACUGUUCAUCGGCGCAGCCAUCCUCGGCCUCAUCUACUCCCCUUCACAGUGCAUCCAACACUGGUCAAAGUAUUACACAGUUUGUCGAAAGGACUCACAACGGAGGAGUCUCUCAUGAGCUGCCUUCCCCAUUGACGACCACUGCUACUUUAUCGUCCACGGUGGCCCCUCAUCCACCAACCAGUGAGCGCGCCUCUAUACAUCAGCAGGAAAAGAUUAAAACACGAAAGGAGCGAUUAGCAGAAAGUCGAAAGCGCAGGAGAAGGGAAAACGUUGCCAGGAAAGUUGGUCAUGACGUGGAUUCUGAUGAAGAACGAGAGUAUUGGCGAGCGGUUUUUAACCGUCAUGCCGCGGAGGAGGCCCGUCGACAGGCACUCUCUCCUGAAGCACGAAGGCAGGAGGACAUUCAGCGUUCAGCGGAGGUCCUCCGAAACCACAUCAAGCCCCAAUUAACGCUCGACAGCUCUGGCUCUGGCCGCCUGCGCUAUUAUCCCCUAUUUCUGUUUCAGGAGGCACCCGACUCGCGCAACGGAGCGACUUGCAGGCUCGAUCAUUGCACCGAUCGCAUUACCCCAGGCCAAUACAGGAUCGCAUUGUCUCCGGGGAUUUGGGAUUCGAGAGGUCCAGACUUUUACCACGUUAAAUGCUUUGAACAACUACUGGACUUAUCGUCGCCACACUACGCGGCUCGCUUUGAGCCUGAUAUGCGGAAACACAUACCCGACCAUGGCGCCCAAUGUAUUCUAGAAGAGUACAUUUCUAGAUGGAAGCUUCGGACUCAGCAAACCCCUAAGCAUGAGGAGGAUCCACGAUCCUCCCCCAGCGCAGAACAUAUUACAGCAGUGAGCUCGAGUACACAAAUAAACUCAGCAACGGCAAAUGAAAACGCAAAUCCAACAGAACAGCAAGUACCUUCUCCAAAAGCACAUACUGGGUCGGCAGCGCCAGAACAGAUCCCUGUUGCAUCAGACGAAAACCCAAUGCAAACACCGUCUGCCUGUGAAACAGCCGCUCAAUCACCAUCGGCCUCAGAGCAGACUGUUGAACCCGACGUUUGGCACAUGGCGGACGUGCUUUGGGCCCAGGUACGUCAAGCCGAAGCCGAAGCCUCUCGGGAGCAUAAUAGGAUAUGUGAUCUUCUUCUCCACAUAGACAACCCAGACGAUGUGGCCAACCCACUCCCAGACCAAGAUCGGACUUGGCACAUCACGCAGUACCUUCUCCCUGAUGACGACCCGGAUUAUGACGAACGUCACGCACUUAGUCAGGCGUUGGAAGACUGGAGUUUGGACAUUAUGUUGGCAAACGAAGACAUGAGCAAACUGACCGAAGCAGGACGUGCGGCGAAGGAAGCGCUAGGUGAGCGAACGGUCAAAAGGAUCAAAAGGUAUCAGUGUGUACGGAUGCCAGAUUAUCAGUCUCUCUUCUUUGGCCGCCGGUAG